AGGAAGAAACAUGCCAUCGAUGUACUGGAUGGGAACACAUGUGUCAUGUGAAUAGACAUGACAAAAACAGCUCUCCUUAAAUUACUUUUAACAAUAGUGAUCGCAUUCAUUUUAAUAUUGCCAGAAUAUUUCAAGACACCAAAAGGAAACAUGUUGGAGCUAUCAUGUCUGGAAGUGUGUUUACAACCUAAUCUCACCUAUUCACUCUCCUCAAAUUUUUCUUUCAUGACUUUUCUGCAACCAGUAAGGGAAACUCAGACUCUGAUGGGAAUCUUUUUAAAUCACUCCAACUUUCAAAACUUCACCAGGAUUUGCCAAGACAUCAUAAGUGAAUUUAAAAUGUAUUCCUUAUGUUUGGUUUGUGAGUCCAAAGGAAAUGUGGAUUUGAUUUCUCAGGAACAAACCUCAAAAGUUCUUAUCAUGAGUGGAUCAAUGGAAGCCAAAGCAAAUGAUUUUCAUUCGCCUUGUCAACAUUUUAACUUCACUGUGGUUCCUACAGUUGACCACUUGGAAGAAUAUAAUGUUACCUGCAAUCUAAAAACCCGCACUAGAAGGUCAGCAAACGUGGAGGAAGAUCCAAUCAAAGAAAAGUCUAUAAACCAUACUUGUAGAAUUGUGAACCACACGGAUAAUUGUGUACACAUUUCUUUGCACCUAGAAAUGGAUGUAAAAAAUUUCUCUUGUUCCAUGAGGAUCAUUUGGUAUAUUUUAGUAAUGCUAGUUUUCAUAUUUUUGCUCAUCCUUAUUAUCCACAAAAUACUUGAAGACCAUAGGCGAGUGCGGAGGUGGCAGAGUUAUAAAUACAAAUCUUCAUCUGUUCUCUUAAGAGGAAGUGAUUCUGAGAAACUUCAAACAUUGAAUACGCGAAUUAUUGCAGAGACCACGCACAGGCUGCCGUUGACUCAGACCAAGGAAGUGCUUUCUCCAAUACCGGAACUAGAAGUUCCUUCCACGGUGCUUCAGUACGAUCAGUAUACGUGAAUAUCCUUCUGAAUUCUUUGGACAAUUUGGACAAAACCCUGUUUGAGAAUACUCAUCAUUUUAUUUGGGGAAUGGCUUAACUGGUAAAUAUAUGAGUCCAGGUGAGAAUGCACAAAAGGAAAUAGCAGGAAUGCUGACUGAUGAAAACUAGCUUGAGAUCAAAGAAAUGAGUUUUUUCAGGAAGCCAUUAUGAGUCAUGGAAAUAAGCUAAUGAAACCCAUGGAAAUAACAAGAGAAUGUUUGCUCUCCUUGUUUAUCCGUCAUUAUAAAGCUUGCAAUAGUUCCAAGAUCUUGAAUCAAAAACAGGAUCAAGUAUGAACUUUUUUUUCUCAUUGGCCCACAUUGCAGAUUCUGAUUUGAUAGAUUUUCCUGUACAGAUGGAUUAUUUCUUUUUGGCAAGUUACUUCAGAGGACCUGGGUUGUUUGUUUAUACAUUUGUUUGGAUUUAUAAAUCUUGCCUCAUUUUGGUACUGAGGACAUUUAAAAAAAUUCAAAGAUACUAAAAUGAAAUGAAUUUAAGUGAAAUAGUAAAUGAAAUUUGAACACUUACAUCUAAUAGCAAAAUGUUUCCUCUGAUUCUUGUAGCUUUCAUAUUUUUGUAGCUAUGUUGAUGUCAAUAAUAACUGUUGUUAUUAAUUACAAUAAAAUCACAUAUAGACAAGCGAGCAGCUCUUAACAUUGAAAAAUAUAAAAAUACCUUCCCAGAGUUAAGGUGGAAUCUAAUCUGCUGGUAUCAUUAUUUGCAUAAAAUUGCUUAGCUGAGCAGAUUUCCAGAGUUUAACUGUAGGGUCAGAUUUAAUUUAAGCAAUUUAAUAGAAAUGAAUGUUUCAGCACACAGAAGUUUUUCUGUUACUUUUUUUUUUUUUUUGCUAGAUUACAAACUGAGAUUCUAAUUGUAAAAUUUAGGUUUGAAGAUUUGACAAGUGAAAUUCUACUAGUCUCAUUUUUUCUUAUCCCUGUUCCUGAUGAAUGGGAGAGUGAGGCUCGGGUCUGGAAUAUUCAGGAGUUUAAGGGUAUCAUACCCCAUGAGGUACGGUUAUUAUACAAUUUCUGAGAAGCCAAAUUAUUGUUUCCUUGCUCAUCCCUAUUAUGUUCAGACAAAUGACAUGGAAAUCAAUGGGAACUUGGCUUACAAAAGGCAUAAAUUAAACUUCAAGUUCUGUUAAAUUGUGUCAGAUUUCUGGAAGCUAACUUAUUUGUUAAAAUAAAAAGAGUUUAACAGAUACUGCGAAGCAUUCAAAGAUGUAAAUGGCCUGCUGUCUGCCCACAAAGAUUUACAAUCUGGUAGAAGAGACAAGACAUGCAUAUCACUGGUUGUGAUACUAGACACAAUAGGGUAAGAUGAGUGUGUCAUUUGCAGACUCCACGCUUCCCGCUGAGAAUUCACAGGCCAAUAGAGUCAUCUCCAGUUGCAGGGAAUCAAGGGAGGCUUCUCAAAAAAGUGGCUUUUGAGCAGCAUCGAAGCUGGCUUUUCCUGAUCUCUCAGAAUAGGUCAAAUCUCCCAAGUAUAUACUUUGUGAGGUCUCCUAGCCCUUUUCAUGUCUGUUAUUUACAAUUAUUUUUGGGCUUAUUCAUUAAUUUCUGUCUCUCUCUCUAGACUGGUUUUGCUCACCACAGUAUCUCUGGCAGCUGGCAUGAUGCUCGGCUCACAGUAAGUUCUUAAUAAGUAUCUGUUGGAUAAGAACUACUUACUGAGCCCCUUAUACAUCAGGCACAUGCCAUGUAUACUUUCAUUUCUUCCUCACAACGACUCCUUGAAAUGUGUCAUUAUCCCUGAGGAAGCUGAAGCCAGAGAAGCUCACCAAUUUGCUUUUGGUCUCAGGGCUAGCAUGUGAAUUCAGUCAUAGGUCUAUUGGGCUGCAAACCUGUGCUACUACUCCCUGUAUAAGCACGCACACUGGGGGAUAGAGCCUGGAAAAGGGAAUAGGACAUUUGGAGGGGGUGCCUGAGAAAAGGGGCUCCAGCUGAGAGCACCGGCAAUGCACUCUUCCAGGAGUGCAAGGAGGCUGGGUUAACCAUGCCCUUGAAGAAAACGUCUGACUUCAACUGCUGCUUGGUUGCUGGCCCUGCGUGUCUCACUUAGCCUGGCAGUUCUGCUCUCCUCCCCACCCAACUGGAUCCAAUAAAAAGGAAUCUGUGGUUCUUGGUGCCCUAUGUGAUUCAUGGCUUCCAAUCUAUACCACUGACUUUGGCUUUUAGCACACCCUGCUUUUCAACUGGUUCCAAAUCUGACCUCGACGGCCCUGUGCCCCCUCCCUUAUGACUUGUAGCCUACUCAUGCAUUCGUGGCUUUCCCUGCAGGCUUCCCUCCCCAGCUAUAACCUAUGCUCACCUCCUUGACCUCUGUGUCCUGCUGAGUAGCAGGAUCCUAGCUCUCUAUGCAAAUGAAUUCAGGUGUAGAUUGGAGAGGCCAGAGAAGAAAGAUGGCACCAAGCCAGAAGGCUGCCAGAAUUGUUCAGUCAUCAGUGGAAUUAAAGCGACAGAUACAGGAGAGGAUCUAAAGAAGAAUUGGUGGCAUGCAGUAAAAGAUUUGAUGCAAGGGUAGGAGUGAGGAUGGAGCAGGAAAAAGGGAAGGGAAGAGACACCGAUGACAACCUUCUGGACUUCUGUGUGGGGGAAACAAUAUUGCCCAAACUUAUACCUGCUAGUUUGGGUUUCUAGAAGAAUUUCCAUUUUCCACAAGAUUCCCUUCAAACUCAACUUUCACCCAAGCUUUAAGUUCUACUCUCUCCCUUCCAAUACUUAGUCGUCCUGGGUGGAGCAGUCGUUCUUCAGACCGUCUCGCUCCUCUCUGCCUCUUCUCUGACUGUUACAUUUGCCCCUUCCUUCCAUCUGUAGAAAUCCUCUCCACCCUGCAAAGGCAGAGUGGCUACCUUGUCCCUGGCGCUCCCCUGCUCACCCAGGUAUUCUAAUGUCUCUUUUCUGUAUUUCCCUAAGAUACAGACCUCUUACCACAGUACUUUUCACAUCUGACCUCAUACAACUAUUUGUAUUCAUGUCUGUUUCCCCACCAGUCUGUGAGUGAGACUGGGAACCAUAUCUUCUCUAGCUUCUGAGUCCCCAGUGACCAGUACUCACUUCUCCCUACCUGGCCCUCCCUUGCAAUACUCAUCCUGGUUAAGACUCAUCACAGAUGUUGGUUGUAAAUUCAGCAUAGUGGUUACCUCUCAGGGGAUGGGAUUAAAGAUCUACAUAGCAGUGACUUCUAACACAAUGGGAAUGUUCUUUUAUAAACAUGGUGGUGGGUAUAUGACAGUCUGUUUUCUUAUGAUUGCAUGUAGCUUACAUAUAUUUUAACUUUU